GUUUCUGCAGCUAGCCUCGUCUGCGAAGAAAACGCCGUUUUUAAAGGGAAACCAAGGUUGUUGAGGUCCGUGGUGGCAGAGCAGGUUGAAGGUAGGUACAGUGUCAUUUUUCUGUGCUGACUCUCCUAAUAUUGUCGCUUCUUUUUAUCCUUAAAUGCCGCUCGUUCGGCAGCUUAUCGCUUAGGUUAGCGGAAAUCAAGAUGCGGACAAGUGUCAAGUCAAGACUCCCGGUGAAGUGAAUGCUAACCAGGCAGCUAGGCUGGAGCUAACGCGGCUAACGGAACCGUUACCCGGUCCCCGCGAAGCUGGACUGAGCCGGACUUUGGUGAUGCUGCGCCGUUUGUUUGGUCGCAGUGUUGAGGAAAAUAAGAUAAAUAUUGUUUGGUUUCUAAAAUAAAAAACAGUGUCAGUAUCGUACCGAGUUUUUCAGGUAAAGUGUCUGAUAUUUGCUGUGAAGGGCUGCGGGGGGUGUCGGUGUUAUGGCUCCCAGUACAUGAACACAGACACGGUGCUGCUGGUCUGUGGGAAGACCGUGUACUCCAGUUUACCUGCUACUAAAAGGCCAGGGAAAAAUAUAGAAAAUAUAGUUCACUGUUUACUGAUUUCACUAUUUUAGUGUCUGACAUCAACAGCCUGUUUACCUCCCAGCAUCAGUAAUUGUUGUCACAGGUUUACAUCUCUGUAAACUUAAAGGAAAAACAGCAGAAUAUUAUUUAUUAUUUUAUAAUAAUUAUAAAACAACAGAAAAAGGCACGUUAAUAUAGAAAGAAACAGGAAUAAUAACAACAGAAAAAAAUCUAAUAUUACCAGACUGAUGCCGAAGAACAGGUUUGAACUGAUUGAAAGUAUUUUUAAAAUACCUGUUUUCUACUGGUUUUUGUACCAUGUAAGUUUUUCUUGUACAAGUUGUUUAAUUAGGGAUAUUCCAACGUGAAAUUAAUUUAGGGUCAAACACACCAUAACACCGAGUUAAGGUCCUUAAACACCGGGGAUGAUGCGAAUGUAGAACGCGAAACUAUGAAAUAGCUUUGCCUGGUUUUAGGUGAGGUAGGUGAGAUGAAACACAACUCACCUACUCUCUUCCAGCAGCCGCUUGUUUGUAGCGAGAUCUCAGGCCAGUCCAUUACGUACUACAGCGGGGUGACGCAGCUUAAGGAAGAACAUUUAUCAUCAUUUCUUCAUGGAAAUGCAAUCAGACCGAGACGCUAUGGCAGAAGAACUACCGUGUCUGCAGUCCAAAAUGAUUAAUAUGGUGAUUAUUACUUCAAGGAAAUGAGAAAAUAAUGAUCAUUGUGGCUAUAGAGUGGCGUUUUGUUUGAGGUUUGUGUGUGGCUACUCAGACCGCUGUGUAUUGCUAUCAUGCGGUCGUAACUAAAAUUGGUAUAACUAGAGAAGCAAGCGGUCAGGAACAUUCAUCUCUUGAGGGGGUGUCUAACUCAGUGUCACGGUGUGUUUGACCCUAAAUUAAUUUUUGCCGGAAUAUCCCUUUUCAACAACAAAAACUUCCUACGAAGUUACCGAACUGAGCGAGAGACAUCCUGAGUGCAGAUAUAGACUAUAAUACCACCGAGACUUUUCACUUUGUAUAUUACUUUUCUGAAUAUUCAUCAACUUUACAGCUGGAAGCGUUGGAAGUUAAUUUAUAACCUCAGAAUAAUACAACAGAUAUGAACUGAAAUUAUUAGUUCACUAUUAGUACACUAUUAUAAUAUACAAAUAAAUGUACACACAACUAAGUAACUACAUCUUGGACACUUGACCUUAGGCCUAGACCCUACAACGAAAUCAGUCGCUGAUACUUAAAAACAUCAUUCCCUCUCAUCUAGACAGCUAAUGUAAAGUAGGAAUGCACAGACUUAUUGGUGUAAUGUUGACAUCAGCAGGUAGUAGCUUAUAAGUUAAUUAUCAGAUAUAUAUGGUCAAAGAUUUAAUUGAUAACAUGUACCAACAACACAAGGUAAUUUGGCAGUGGACAUAUUUCUGCUAUUAUUGAGUGUCAAGAUAAAAAAAAAAAACAUUCACUAUUUAUGAAAGAGUCAGAUAUUCAUAUAGUAUUAUGUCUGUUUAAAAAUUCGACUGACCUGAUGUUCCUAAUAAUAAAAGGGUGGGUAUACGACAGUAUUGGCCAAAAGGAGUUUGGAAAGUUUGAAGUCAGACAUCCUCAAAAAUCUAAAAUUGUGCAUCCUCAAUUCAAAGGGGGAAUUUCUUUUUCAUACAUUGUUAUUUCAGUACAUACAUGCAUGCCUCCAACUCCCAUCAGAGCCUCCUGUAUUUAUCUUUGGGAUGUCGAAUUAAACCUAAGUGACCUUUUCUCACCGCUCAUCCUUCGUCCUGUAUGUUGCAUCAGUAGCGUCACAUGACCGGCUGUUUUUUAUGUCCUCCUGCAGUCUGCACUUUGUUUUUUAUUGUUUUAUUUUAUGUCCUCUCCUUGCUUUGAUUUACAUGGUUUACUAGCUGGUUUAACAUUGUCAAACAACCUUGACUUACAGUGAGUGUUCUGGCCUUUGCUUUGAGUGCCGUAUCUGAAAGUGCUUCAAAGACAUCUGCACUCAACUGCUGACUGUAUAUGUUCUGAAGAGGGAACGCCUACCAUGUCGUCCAAACUAUGUGUGGAAACGGCUUCACUUCAAUACUGAGGGCAAUGAAGCAACAUGCAUGUAUUAAACAAAGCAACUCUAUGAACUUUUGCUUAUGUAACCGAUGUUUGCGUAUGGAAAUGACCCGAAAAAAGAACAUCAUUCAAACAGAAGAGAGGAAUGAAAACACAACUCAAAGAAUAAAAUGUACAAUUGUGUACUUGAAUUGCAGAUGAUGGAGUGUGGGUUUGUUAACGUUAAACCUGCACUAUAAUGAAAAACUGUAGAGACAAACACACACACACUCCUAAUUCAAUAAUGUCAGAAAAACCAAAAGAACAAGCGCUAGAUUUAGACGGCACUUUUUUAGAUGAAUAAACAGAGUAUACUUGGCAGAGGUUGUAUUUUUGAAACAAAGCUGUGGAUACCUGCACAUCCUGUCGAAGCUUUUUUAUCUGUUUCAGAGAAAUUAGCAUGGGGGAAAACAACAAGAGAUUAAAUAAACAAGUGUUGGGCCAGCAGCAUAAGGUGUUUCGGCGGAAGCUAUUGAACACUCGACAAAUGUCAUGUAAAGUGCAAAUAUUAGUACACCCAUUGUGACUCAAGGUUUGUUUGUUUUAUGAUGUCCAUGCAGAUGGAGGAGCUCAUGUGGCAGAUGGAGAGUGGGAGGGUCACUGUGUGCCAGAGUGUGUGUGUAAGUGUGUGUGUGUGUGUGUGUAGGGGGGGCCUUCUCUGUAACCUUCACCACACCAGACCCUUCCCUCAGAAAACCACCAAAGCCCACAGUGACUUCCCCCAAAAUGAAAUUGAACAGUAGUGUAGUUGAAACCUUUCCUACUGGGUGUGUAAAUCUACAUUAAAAUGUCAAAGCCUCCCCUGAUUUGAUCACAAGCUCUCUAAAAUUUAUCAUCAUUUAAUCUGUUAAUUAUUUCACUGCACAAGUCAACCAGUUCUGAUCUCCAGAAUUAGACUCACUAUUCCUAUUUUUAGGAAUAGUAGAGGAAGUCUAUAACAUCAUGCAAGAUACCUGCUGCAUUAGUAUCAAGUGAUAGAUUAUCAGCAAGCAAGAGAUUACUAUGGCUGUUUGCAUGAAUGAAGCGACAUCACAAUAACGCUAAUGCAAUAAUAAUGCACAGCAAAGGUCAAACCUGCAGAAUCGACACUUUUGUGUUAAUAGAAAAACAAAAAUGUCAAAACAGUUUUUACAAAAAGCAGUGUAAUUAUUUAUAACGUUAAAAUCUGAUAGUCUGAUUUGUCCCAGGGAACAAGAGCUCCUCUGGAUUUGGAUUAGUUGGAGACAAGUUCCCCUUAGCGCGCUGUAUGUAUAUUCUCUCUGAGCGAAGGACACACUUGUAACUGUACACUGUGUAAAGUGAGACAGCCUGUGUUGUUGCUCCACCACAGAGCUGACCUUGGAAGAGUCCGCACUCUCACAGGGGCACACUUUACUCUGACGCCACUUAUUCCCAUUUACACUGCUGAUAAGGUCUCUUAAAGACAUUUGUCUAUUUCUGUGUUCGUGUUCUCUAAAUAAAAGUCACAAUCAAACAUACAUUUUUAAUAAUAUUUUGCCCUGUAAGUUUUCUUGCAUCCAAGCCUCUUGUUCCUUAACCAGAAUGAUUGAAAUUAUGAUUAUUUUUAGCCUUCAACGGCCACAAACAUUUUGCUAUGAUAGCAUCAAAGCUUUACCUUCAUAUGAAAUUUAUCAUAGUAAGGACUUGUCACUAAAUACCACCCAUUAAUGCUGUUGUUUCAUUGUCCAUGCUCCAUCUGUCCCUCUGCUUCACUAACACACAUCUGGUCCUCCUCAGUUGAUAUAUAAACACAUAUAUAUCAGCGUUUCCACUCAGACCAAAGACAAAAAAAAAUCAGUUUUGUAGGCUCAAGUGAUGUUAAGAAAUGGGAAAUCUACAUGAGUAGGCUUGAGCGUGUAAUGACGUUUCACAGCCAAUCAGAGGCGAAGGAGGGCGGGACCCAUCCUACAAAAAAAAUUUCGCCUCCAUGAGACGGCCAUAUUUGCUCCGUUGUUUGUUUUUUCUUGUUUUGUGGCUUCGGCCCAAUAUUCACUCACUUACACGAGGAGCGCCCCCUGGAUGACGUGUAAAACAGUGACUCGAAUCACCAAGGAGGAGCAAUGAAAAGAGUGUAUAGCGGAUAAAGUUUAAUGAUACAAAAAAUCUGUACAUGACGAGCGUAAAAUAUAGCAAUAUUUAAUUUGGAUAUUUAUUUUUUCUAAAGAGUCAGACGUGUCAUUUUGGAGACAUUUGAGAUUUAUCUGUGUCCCUGCAGAAAUGCUGGACAACACAGUUAAAGUGCUGAGUGCUCUGAUGACAGAUUUUUUAACUUCCCUGCGAUGUUGUCGAGGAAAAGCUGAGACUGUGUCCAAUAAUAACAAGCCUUCUCUACCAAGUACAACCAGCACCACUUGUCAACUCGUACUCUUUCAUUUGACGUGUUCUCUUGUUUGUAUACAGUUACUUCCUCUCCCCCAGACAUAAAAUGGAUGUGCACGUCAGCUGGCUGUCACCUGUUCUCUUUGUCUGAGCGUCUCCGUCUCUGUCAGCUCCUUGUGUCAAAACUUGAUGGAUCUAAAUGUCACGCUGGUUGCAGCCUGAGCGACAUACACCUGACAUUCCAUUAAAGGAUGUAAUGAAUGUUCGUCCCCUCUUUGUUUUUCAGGUUGCUGCUGGUUGCAGGGCCCUGUGGAGCUGAAGAGCUGUGCCAUUCCCCCUUUUUUCCUCUCAUGUCCCCCCCUGUGUGUUUCCCUGUGUGUUAGUGACCCCACAUCCCCACCCAACCCCAACCUGAUCCUUCUUGUUGUGUUGCCACUCCUGCCCGAAGCCCCCCUCUCACCCCAUGCUUGGGACAAAGCCAGCUCACUGCCAGCCCAAUGACUGCCUGGAUCGUCCUGCCUGUCAGCCUGUCUGCCUUCUCCAUCACAGGAAUAUGGAUAGUGUGAGUUACGGAGACAUCGGGACUGGAUGUGAAACAUAACGGGAUGAGUCAACACGUUUGGAUUUAAGGGCUUGUUAAUCAGCAUCACAGUCGACGCAUGAUUAAAUUUUACAGCCUGGAUGGUGUUUAUGGGCAAACACAUAAACCCUUUUUAAUUUUCAAGUUUUUGCUAAAUAUCCAUCAUUAUUUCAAGCUCAGUUUAAUCAUCUUCUUUGGGAUCACAUAACUUUUAGUUUUAAUUCGUGAUGUCUGUGUUCCUGUCCCCACAGGUACGCCAUGGCUGUGAUGAAUCACCACGUUUGUCCUGUGGAAAACUGGUGAGUGAUUUUCCUCUUUGAUAAAUGAAAUGAGUGUAAAACUCCAAAAUCCCACAUUUAAAUCUCUGAAAGUGGUCGUCAGGGAAUAAACCGUGAACUCACUGUGUCACCUCCUCAGGUCUUACAAUGUCACAUGCACAGAGGAGCUGCCCAGACCAGGCUUCCCCAAGACAUGCUGCACCAUCCAGGACAUCCCCCUCAUCAGGUCUCUUGUUCUCCUCCUCCUCCUCCUCUUUUUCUUUUCUGCACAUCAAGACUUUGUUUCUGCUGGAAAUACAAAAGCAAUUUUGUGUCAGCAAAGACCCAGAGGCAUGAAUUAGCACCUUGUUAUGUUGUGGCUCUGUGACAGUCAUUAACCCACGCUCUGCAUAAACUGCAUUUGUCUAAUCUGCUAAUAAGCCUCAAACCAUGAGCGAGUACAAAAGCGCUCUUGUAAAAAGGCGUCAUGAGACUCUCAGGCUCUCUGCAGUGUAGGUAGAGAAAAUACUCAUCAAAGUUUGAAGUGUAGAUCUGAUGUCAGAGGGUGAUUUUACACUCUUAGACGAGACGAUGCAGUUCAAAACAGGUCCCUAAAGAGGCAUCUGUUGUUCUUUAAUGAUCAUAUAAAAUCUCACUGACGGUAUCAAGAUUGUGGUCUCGCACGCUGCCUGUUAUGUAAAAGUUAAGACUAAAAGCUGUUUGUCUUUAUGGUUUACAGUAAAUGCGGCUCCUUCCCUCCUGAAAGCUGCUUGUUCAGCCUCAUCGGCAACGUCGGAGCCUUCAUGGGUAAGAUCUCUUUCUACGUCGCCGCUGGAUUUCAAUAUGUGCGCACACACAAAGGCAGAGAGAGCCCUUAUGUUCCUGCUCUACAGUGCAGAACAACACACACCCUGAUCUUGGCUUUAAGUGAACGGCCUGUUCUCAUGAAACCACCUGCUGCUCGUAACAGAAACUGCUGUGAAGUAAAGUACCGAGGCUCUCCUCCACUCCGUCUGCUGUUCGAGUUUUUUUUCAAUACGAUGAAUCAAAGUAAAGGUUUUAUUUGGAUAUCAUUUUUGGAUCGUCACGUCUGACUAAUCCUCGACUUUUAAACUAAAAAUCUCUUCUGCUCAGUGGUAGCUCUCUGUCACUCCGAGGAGAGACAUUUGCUGCCUCUGGUCAGGCUGAUGUGACUGGUUGUCAGCCUCUUUACACAGGAUUCACUCAAACCCAGACUGCUGUUAGGAUCAGUCUCUGUGGAGCUGAUGAUGACCCCUGGCAGCCGAGGCAGAAGCUCAAUCCAGCUCUGAGAUUCAGCUCCGUCCUCACCCCUCAGAAUUGUCCCUUUUUAAAGUCUGAAAAAGUUCCUCGGUUGGUUUUCCUGAACUCACUUAUUAAAAAAGUGUUUGUGUGAGGAUCUAUGUUCUGCGCUAUAUCUACGUCUGGUGCAGUGACCUCCAAGGCCCUUGACUGUUGGCGUUUUUGAGAGGUUGCCAGGUAACAGCACAGACUCAGGGAAGUUAGUUCGGCCCAGGAGAAGUUUCAGCACAAAAAGAAACACCUCUUUUAGCAUGGAUGGAAAAAAUCAGGAUAUGUUUGGGUGAUUUUGAGUCUGUUAAAUGUUGAUAGAGCACCUCUAACUCUUUGGAAAAAUGGAUGUAAUUGUAUUUCCCAAAAUAUGGAACUGAACCUUCCAUCAGUACAGUGAGUGAUUUGUGUUAAACAGCUCAGUAAAGAUGAGACCGCUGCUCCUUUAAAGAGAGUAAUUGUCCUGUAAAGCUGAGGUCUCUGUCUGCUCGCUCUCUCUCUCUCUCUCUCUCUCUCUCUCUCUCUCUCUCUCUCUCUCUCCCUCUCUCUCUCUCUCUCUCUGGUUUGUGUUUUAUUAACUCUCCAUGGUACCCGCAGACGUCAGCCACUAGCCUCACAGAGACACAGAGGGGCUGGAAAUAGCCUGUGCUCUCUAAUCAAUAAUGAAUGCGGCUUUCCUUCCACUUCCCCCCUCUGUCCUCUCCUCCUGCAUCCACCCAAGGCCCUCCUCCUCCUCCUCCUCCUCCUCCUCCUCCUUCACUCCUCCUCCUUUGUUGUUUUAUCACCACUCAGCUGUGCCCCUGUUUUCCCCACCUGCCCUUAAUUGCAUCGCCCCUGCUGCGUUCACCAUUGAUCCAUUGUUCGCUCCUCUCUUGAUAUUCAUUUAUCUUUAUUUCCACUCCACAUGGUUACUCUUUAACGCCCGGUCUGAUCGUGCCCCUGAGUAGAAGCUGUCUGGAAAGUUUAGCGGUGGGUUAGUAACACGGUUAAACCUUGGAUUGAGUACAGUAACAGUCGGCCAACCGCAGAGUCGUAGUUUACAAACAGUGAUGCUCUGCCGACCAGGAAGAGUUCCUCAUUAUGUAACAGAAGACGUCAAUAUUUGACAGAAGACGUCCUGUAUCCGUCAGCAGUAUAAAGAGUGCAACAUCAGCAGAAAGGCAGCAAAGUCAAGCUCAGCCGACACGACAUCAGCUGAUCGUAACACCGGUCCAUACAGACGAGAGCUCAGCUGAUCACAAACUAAACUUUCGAUUAAGAAAUGUCAAAAUCGGCGCUCAAGUCUGUCCGCUCUUACUGCUUUGAAACCUGCCUGAACCUCAGCUCAUCCUUCUGUGUCUGAACAGCAUCUCUGUAUCGUCUCUGAUCCUCGAUUCUGAACCCGGGGCUCUCGGCUCCUCCUGUCUUAGAUUUUCAAGUCUUUCUUUUUCUUUCUCUCUUUCUGUCUGUGUUUCUUUCUUUUUGUCCUUUCUGUCCUGUCUGUUCUUUCUUUCUUUCUGAUAUCACGUCACAUUGCAACAUUUGUUAUCCGUUGGUUUGAAGAGAGCAGGAUGAAGAAACAUCUUCUGUUACCUUCCCGUCACUCAAAGUCUAAUUGUUCUAAUAAUCGAUCACUGAGCAACAUUUUUACAACAAAACAAAAAUAACAACAAAUCAAACAGAAACAGAGUUUCAAGUUGACUUAUCGGUCACUGAGCUUUACUAAAGUCAUACCAUGAAGUAAACGAAACAAUCAUAAUAGUAAAUAUAAAUAAAAGAGCGUUUCAAGCUGACUUUCUACAAGAAUCAUUGGUGACUUUUGUAAUAAUUUCUAAUUACAUUUUCCUUCAACAUUUUCUUGGCUUGUUAAAGAUUUGUUCAGGUCUUCACUUCAUUACUUUGACAGAGAUACACGUCUGCUUCAGAGUUGUCUGCACAUGAAACCGAGGAUGAUGGGAUUUCCCUGUUUUGGCGUGAAAAUAAUGACCUGUCUGUGAUCAGCGUGUUCCUGUCUGACCUCACGUCAGAGUUUCAUGUGUAUUAAUAACGUUGUGUGAAUGUUUAUCGCUCCUCUUGUGACUCACAGUGGUGAUGGUGUGCCUUCUGCGAUACGCCCAGGUCAUCGAACACAGCCACCGAUGCUGGGUGAACACCAGCGCUCUGGUGUCCGGCUGCACCAACGCUGUGGGUCUGGUCAUGGUGGGAAACUUCCAGGUAAACCUCUCUGACGAAAACCUUUGAACACAAGCACUCUUUUUAGUCAAAGUCACGAGCCACUUCUGAUUGUACCGUCUGUUUGUCAGGUCGAUCACGCCAAAUCUCUACACUACGUCGGCGCCGGGGUGGCGUUUCCAGCAGGGCUGCUGUUCGUGUGCCUGCAGUGUGUGCUCACCUACAGGGUGGCUGUGACCGCCCUCGACUACUGGAUGGCUCAUUUCCGAGUCGCUCUGGCGCUGGGAGCCAUGAUCUCCCUCGUCCUCAGUAUCCUCACUCGUCGUGUCUCUUUCUCUCACCCUUCACUACAUAAAAAAAUCUCAGGCGAGGCAACAAAAUAAAAAUAAAAUAAUAUAAGAGCGUUUUCCUCCUCAGGUCACCUUGUUGGUGUUUGAUGUACAGGACAGAGUCUUUGUUAACAUCAAUCAUCAAACCUGCGCUGUUCUAGUUUACGCGCCCGAAUCUCUGCAAAAGAAACAGACUCUUAAAUUUUAGUUGGACCAAACAACGACAAGGUCAAUCAUUGCUUUCUCAUAAAACACCGCAGAGAUCUCCGGCUGCCUUGAGACACUUGUGUACAAAUCAACAGGACUGUCCUUCAGAUGUAAGACUGGACGGCAGGUCCCUGAUAACAUCUGUCUGUGUCUGCGCUCACUUCCUGUUCCCCUCCUCCUGCUCUCUGUGCCGGACCCUCUCUCCUACUUACCUCCUCAGAAAGUCGGGUUAGAAACCAGUCAGGCAGCGAGUUUUUAUCUCAGCAUGUGAUUUUUUUCUCAGAAGCAUCAAACUGGCUGUUUCACAAUCAACGACCCCUGAAAGUUCUCCUGUCAGGAGGCAGCAGAGGGGUUGAUAUUUUUCUCCUUGACUCGUUUUAUCGUCUCUUUUUAUACCCGUCUCAUCGUCUGUCGGCUGAGAGAGAUUAAAACCAUCUUCUCCAUUUUAAUGAUCUGAUAAAGAAGAACAGUCGAUCCCCCUGUGAAUAUACCACACUCAUUGACUGUAUCCUAUUUUUAAACUCAUCUUUUUAAUGGAGCCGAGGAACAAAUUGCAAUUUAUCCCCGAUCAUGUUAUGAAUUCACAUCUGGCCCCCCGAGGUUAAGCCGCCUGUCAUGUGUCUCAUUAUGUAAGAGAUUUCAUUCAGGCUCUUUCUUUCAGUUGUAUUGUCCUCCUUAACUCCUCCUCCUCCCAGGCGGCAUCUUCUUCAUCCAUGAGAGCUUCGUCCUGCAGCACGCCGCCGCCAUCUGCGAGUGGGUCUUCACCGUGGACAUCCUGGUCUUCUACGGCACCUUCACCUACGAGUUCGGCACCGUCACCAGCGAGACCUUGAUGGCGGGCCUGCAUCAGAGCCACCACCACGGCUCAGGGGUCAUCAUCGGGCCCAGGGCGCGGGGCUCGGCGAUGGGCGGGGCCACGAAGGGCCUCAAGUCACCCGGGGGGAGCAGCACAUCCACACAUCUCAACUGUACCCCCGAGAGCAUAGCCAUGUUGUAGCUCUGCAGCCCCACACGUCCCUGCUGAGGGGCUUCAGAGGCGACUGGGAUGAAGAAGGAAGUUGUGAUAUCUUCAAGCAUCAAACCAACACCAGGUUCUCUCAAAUCUACGACACUCAAUCUUUUAGUUUCACUCCAAACGUCGGUGCGAGCCCCUCCAGUCAAAGUCACCUUCUCCGCAGGAGCGCUGAAUGUGUGGAGCCACUCCGAGUCCUGGAACCAUGAAUGUUUUUACAGACGGCUGUUUAUCGGGCAGUUUUCUUCACUAGAGUAGAUUUUUUUAUCAACGUGCAUCACCGGUAUGCUCACAGAGUUUCUCCUCCUCCUCCUCCUCAGACACUCCCUCAUGAUCUCCCCCGACGCUUCGUAACCCACCUGUUCUGGCCUUUUCGCUUAUCUCUGCACGGCACACUUUUUCUGAAUGAGAGAAUAACAAUUACUGUUUGAGUUUGCGUAGUGAGUAGAAAAUAUUGAAUGUUUGAGAAGUGAAUAGUCAGCAGUUAUGUAUGUUUUUUCCAGGCUUUAAGCACAUGGCCUUUUUAUCCAAUCAAACAAAUUAUCCAAGAAGAAAAAUAAUCACUGAUUUCAGCUCGCUGGUUAAUUUGGUCGCACUGAAGGUGUUUUUUAAAGAAUAUGUACCUGUAUAUCAUGAGCCACUCUCAUAAAAAAGGUCAUAAUCCAUUUUCACUGGCAUGUGAGAGGCGGCGUGAAAAACUUAUUGAUCCGUUCUGGAGUUAAAACCGGGACUGUGUGUGCAUCACAAUCACUUUGAGCUGAGAGUCUGUGAAGUCAUUUCAUCACCGACCAAAACGUUAACUCAUUUUGAUUGUCACUUUCUAAAAACCGUCAUUCUUCAUCGUGUUUUUUUUUUUAUCCAUGUUCGGUGCAAUAAUCGCCAUCAAUCACCUAAAAGUUUAUGCUCCACAGGAGCGACUACUAAUGCCUUUUUCAGUGAGUUCGAGUCGAGACAGGGCUUUUUUUUUGUUUAUUCGUAACGUAUUUAAAGUGACCUAAAACUCAAAGUCAAAUUCAGAUCUGACCAACAAAACGAGUCUCAUCGACUAACUGAUUUGAUUCCAGGCUGGACCCUCGGAAGCCUUAUUUGAGUUUAAUUUGUUUUUAGGAGACGUGAAGCCUUUUUUAGUUCUUAUAAAGGAUAUUUAGUCUUCAGAUGUUACCUGAGAGGUGAAUAUGACGCCUGAAGACCUGUGCCAUAAACCUCAUGGCAUCACUGAAGUGUUGUUACAACCAGAAACUACCGAGAGUUCGUCUUAUUAUCGGGGUUUUGUUUUAUUUCCUGUUGCCAAUUUCUUAAAAGUGAGAUCUACUGCCACAAACGACCACUGCUUACACUGAAGCUGACUAAUGCCAACCCUCUCAUGAGACGUAAAACACUUUUUCGUUUUUCUUUCUGAGCUGUUGAAGGAGUAGUUUUCCUCACACACACACACACAGAGUAUUCAGACAUCUGCACGGGUGUUGAUCCAUUUCUAACAGUCUAACCACUGGAUGCCAGCAAUACGUGUUUUUAAAAAGGUCACAUCACCUACCUCUUUUCUCUUUCGUGGGUUGGAUGUUUGAGGCAGCAGCUAGAGUUCCACCAUGUUUUCCACCUCACAGCAGUUCGAAGAGGAGAGUAUUUCACAUGUUCACAGAGAUCUGUUAGACAGGACGGGGGAUUUGCUCGUCAUUUAAGAUGCUCAAUCAUGCGUCAGGUCAUUUUUUUUGUUACUUCUCGUGAUUUUUGUAAACUUACCUUUCUUUCUUGGGACUGCAGCAAUCCUGAUCUUGCCAAAAAAGACUGGAAGUUGAGUCGGUUUUCUGUGUGUCUGUCAGCAGCAGGUGUAUGAGUGCACUGUUUUAGCCUUACCCCUCGGACUGUACCGGGGGAACUGAUUCUUUUUUUGUAUUCUUUUUGUGUUCAGCUGUAGCCUAUUUCACCAAACUGUAACUAAAGUCACAAGGAGUGGCUUCAACCGGCAGCUUGUAUGAGCCCUCACAUCAGGGUUUAAUUUAUUCACAGGCCAAACUUAACGCUGUUUUCUUUUUGUUCAAGCUGUCACAUAAUUUCUCUGUUGGUGGUAAAAAAAAAAAGCUGCCUGACCCAAACAUGUCUUGAACUUCAGCAACGACAACAACACAGAAACACUCAUCUAUCCAAAUGUAUUUGUCUCAUUUCCUGGUUUAAGAGAACAGUCAUGAAAGAGUCGGAGAAAUUCCCAAAAACAAGUCGACACAGAAGAUUUUUGUUUCCUUUUAUAAAUUCUGUAAAUAUGUAUGAUUUGUCUAUCAUUUAGGUAUUUUCAUUUGAAAGAGAUUUAUAUUCAAAUAUGAAAUAAAAAUGAUAAAUUAUUAGCAGA